AAAGCAGUGCUUCUCUCUGGGGCCAAGGCCAGAGCUGUGGACACCUUGUCCCACUCAUCCUCAUCCUCUUCCUCCGAUAAAGCCCCUACCAGUGCUGAUAAAGUCUUUCUCGUGAGAGCCUAGAGGCCUUAAAAAGAAAAAAAAAAAAAAGUGCUUGAAAGAGAAGGGGACAAAGGAACACCAGUAUUAAGAGGAUUUUCCAGUGUUUCUGGCAGUUGGUCCAGAAGGAUGCCUCCAUUCCUGCUUCUCACCUGCCUCUUCAUCACAGGCACCUCCGUGUCACCCGUGGCCCUAGACCCUUGUUCUGCUUACAUCAGCCUGAAUGAGCCCUGGAGGAACACUGACCACCAGCUGGAUGAGUCUCAAGGUCCUCCUCUAUGUGACAACCAUGUGGAUGGGGAGUGGUACCGCUUCACGGGCAUGGCAGGAGAUGCCAUGCCUACCUUCUGCAUACCAGAAAACCACUGUGGAACCCACGCACCUGUCUGGCUCAAUGGCAGCCACCCCCUAGAAGGUGACGGCAUUGUGCAACGCCAGGCUUGUGCCAGCUUCAAUGGGAACUGCUGCCUCUGGAACACCACAGUGGAGGUCAAGGCUUGCCCUGGAGGCUACUAUGUAUAUCGUCUGACCAAGCCCAGCGUCUGCUUCCACGUCUACUGUGGUCAUUUUUAUGACAUCUGCGACGAAGACUGCCAUGGCAGCUGCUCAGAUACCAGCGAGUGCACAUGCGCUCCAGGAACUGUGCUAGGCCCUGACAGGCAGACAUGCUUUGAUGAAAAUGAAUGUGAGCAAAACAAUGGUGGCUGCAGUGAGAUCUGUGUGAACCUCAAAAACUCCUACCGCUGUGAGUGUGGGGUUGGCCGUGCGCUGAGAAGUGAUGGCAAGACUUGUGAAGACAUUGAAGGAUGCCACAAUAACAAUGGUGGCUGCAGUCACUCUUGCCUUGGAUCUGAGAAAGGCUACCAGUGCGAAUGUCCCCGGGGCCUGGUGCUGUCUGAGGAUAACCACACUUGCCAAGUCCCUGUGUUGUGCAAAUCAAAUGCCAUUGAAGUGAGCAUCCCCAGGGAGCUGGUUGGAGGCCUGGAGCUCUUCCUGACCAACACCUCCUGCCGAGGAGUGUCCAACGGCACCCAUGUCAACAUCCUCUUCUCUCUCAAGACGUGUGGUACAGUGGUCGAUGUGGUGAAUGACAAGAUUGUGGCCAGCAACCUCGUGACAGGUCUACCCAAGCAGACCCCGGGGAGCAGUGGGGACUUCAUCAUCCGAACCAGCAAGCUGCUGAUCCCAGUCACCUGCGAGUUUCCAUGCCUGUACACCAUUUCUGAAGGAUACGUUCCCAACCUUAGAAACUCUCCACUGGAAAUCAUGAGCCGAAAUCAUGGGAUCUUCCCAUUCACUCUGGAGAUCUUCAAGGACAACGAGUUUGAGGAACCUUACCGGGAAGCUCUGCCUACCCUCAAGCUUCGUGACUCCCUCUACUUUGGCAUUGAGCCCCUGGUGCACGUGAGCGGCUUGGAAAGCUUGGUGGAGAGCUGCUUCGCCACCCCCACCUCCAAGAUCGACGAGGUCCUGAAAUACUACCUCAUCCGGGAUGGCUGCGUUUCAGAUGACUCGGUAAAGCAGUACACAUCCCGGGAUCACCUAGCAAAGCACUUCCAGGUCCCUGUCUUCAAGUUUGUGGGCAAAGACCACAAGGAAGUGUUUCUGCACUGCCGGGUUCUUGUCUGUGGAGUGUUGGACGAGCGUUCCCGCUGUGCCCAGGGUUGCCACCGGAGAAUGCGUCGCGGGGCAGGAGGAGAGGACUCAGCCGGUCUACAGAGCCAGACGCUAACAGGCGGCCCCAUCCGUAUCGACUGGGAGGACUAGUUCGCAGCCACACCUCGAGUCCCUGUAUUGGGUGGCUCUGCUCUUUGGAGCUUCUCCCCCCGGCCCUCUAAGAACAUCCGCCAACACCUAGCCUCAGACUUCACACUGAGUUCAGACUCCCAGCACCAACUCACUCUGAUUCUGGUCCAUUCGGUCCGCACAGGCCACAGCACUGCUGAACAACGUGGCCUGGGUGGGGUUUCAUCUUUCUAGGGCUGAAAACUAAACUGUCCACCCAGAAAGACACUCACCCCAUUUCUCUCAUUUCCUUCCUACACUUAAAUACCUCGUGUACGAUGCAAUCAGAUCAUAAAAUCAGAAGCCGGGUAUAAUAUUUCAAGUAAUAAACCCUAGAAAAAUUAAACAGUUACUGAAAUUAUGACUUAAAUACCCAGUGACUCCUUAAAUAUGUAAAUAAUAGUUAUACCUUGUAAUUUCAAUUCAAAUGCAGACUAAUGAUAGGGGAUUUGGAAGUUUAUCAAUAAAACAGUAUAUAAUUUU